UAGGCGUUGCGACAAUGAAGGCUUCAACGGUGUGGUUUUUGUUAGCCGCAGUGGUUGUAUGUGUUGUCCAGGGGGACGAAGUUCAGCUUGCAAGAGCUAACAACGAGUUCGCGCUUAACCUUCUCAAGGAGCUGUCUUCCAGAAAGCCAGGAGGCAAUGUCAUCUUCUCGCCAACCGGCAUCUAUGAAGCCCUGGCUAUGGUCUACGCGGGUUCACGAGGUGAAUCUCAAGCCGAGCUGUCGAAAGUUUUGGGGCAUGAUGGGGCAGGACUUAAAAACCGAGACGCCGUGCUCUCUGCUUAUAAAAAACUUUAUGCCUUCAAGAAUGACUCCGAGAUGAACGUCACCCUGAACGUUGUAAACGCGGUCCUGGUUCAAGAAGAACUUCGUGUGCUGGAUGGAUACAAGACCGAGCUUGCAGAGGUCUUCGGCGCCAAACUGAAGACCGUCGAUUUUUUUAACGAGAGUUCGCGUGUCUCAUCUGAGAUCAACCAGUGGGUGCGACAGAAAAGUGGAGGCAAGAUUCAGAGUGUUCUUCCGGAUGGUAUUCCCAUGAACACGGUGAUGCUACUUCUGAAUGCGGUAUACUUCAAAGGCACAUGGUUGAUCAAGUUCGAUCCUGAGCAGACCGUGCAGCGUCCCUUCUACAACCACGGAACGAAGUUUGUCGCGAAAGACACUAUGGUACUCAGAGGAGAGAUCAAACAUGCUUGGCUCCUGGAGCUAGAUGCGCAGGCAGUCGAACUGCCAUACAAGGACGAAAGAUUCGCAAUGGUCAUCGUUCUGCCAAACAGCAAGACUGGGCUGCCAAAACUCAGAGAUAGUUUCUCUUUGAAGCUGAUGGACGAAAUUGACGAAGAGCUGGACGUGGAAAAAGUGCAUCUCAAACUGCCCAAGUUCGAGCUGAAGGCGGGUUAUGACUUGGUGCCUUCGUUGCAGAGGUUAGGGCUGAAGUCGGUGUUUACCAGUGAUGCGGACCUGUCCGGGAUCAGUGGCAGCAGGGAUCUUGCCGUGUCGGAUGUUAAACACGCGGCUGUUGUAGAGGUGAACGAAGAAGGUACUGCCGCUGCGUCGGCGACGUCUGUUGGGAUUGUGGCAAAGAGUAUUCCUCAAACGGCUAACUUUUAUGUGGAUCAUCCAUUCUUGUUCUACGUCCAUGAUGUGGAAAGCAGACGCGUUCUCUUUAUGGGAGAAGUGCACGAACUGUGAGAGAACGCUUGUCACUGUUUGACAUCUUUUAUUACCUGAACUCUUCAUUCAUUAUUAAAAAAAAGUUUAUAAUCUAGUCACCGUGCUUUAAGGCUCCAAGCCUAUGCCUCUGUUGGACGUCAGCAACCUAACCACAUCGGGUCUCUGAAAACUAAUGUUAUAUAUUUGAAUACAUUGUAACGUAAAAAAAAACUUACUUUAGAAAUAAAUACUGAUUGAAUGACUGAUGUGAAUAAAAAUUUCUCGUUAUGA